CGAAUGUGGCCCACGUCUUUGGAAGUGUGUGUUUCAUCAGGAACAGAGCAGACUCAAGCAGUGCCUUGAAUAGGAAUAAUCAAUAAUACCCAUUGACCCGUGAAUGUACUCAGAUUCAGUUAGCCGGGCAGUGCUCGAGUGCGUCUCAUUGACCCAUCAUCACCGUUCCUCACUUGUUCAAGACUUCAAGAGGAUUAGGAUUCUCCUGUCACUUAUGUAAAUCUCUACAUUUGAAAGAAUAUCUAAGGAUUCAAGGGAUAAGAUUGAAGGGAUCCUGGGGAUAGCAUAGUUGAACAAACUGUUGGAGAGAUGGAUCAAAUAACCAAUGUUUCUGAGUAUGAAGCAAUUGCAAAGAAGAAUUUGCCGAAGAUGCUUUACGACUACUAUGCAUCAGGUGCGGAGGACCAGUGGACUCUUAAGGAGAAUCUACUUGCAUUUUCCAGGAUUUUGUUUCGACCUCAAAUUCUUAUUGAUGUAAGCACAAUAGACUUGAGCACAACUAUUUUGGGCUUCAAAGUUUCAAUGCCCAUCAUGAUUGCUCCUACAGGCAUGCAGAAGAUGGCUCACCCUGAAGGAGAGUGUGCAACCGCAAGAGCAGCAUCUGCAGCUGGCACAAUUAUGACACUGCCCACUAUGGCUAAUUCCAGCAUUGAAGAAGUUGCCUCAACAGGACCUGGUAUUCGCUUGUUCCAACUCUAUGUGUUGAAAGACAGGAAUCUGGUUACACAGCUUGUCAGAAGGGCUGAGAGGGCUGGUUACAAGGCAAUAGUCCUCACUGCUGACACUCCGAGGCUCGGACGCAGGGAGGCUGAUAUCAAGAACAGGUUUACCAUGUCACCAAGUUUGACAUUUAAAAACUUCGAAAAUUUGGAUCUUGGAAAGAUUGAUGAGACCAAUGAUUCUGGAUUAGCAUCAUAUGUUGCUGGACUAAUUGACCGCUCUCUCAGCUGGAAGGAUGUGAAAUGGCUUCAGACUAUCACUACAUUACCAAUUCUGAUAAAGGGUGUAAUUACUGCCGAGGAUACAAGGUUAUGCAUACAAGCUGGAGCUGCAGGAAUAAUUGUAUCCAAUCAUGGAGCUCGGCAACUAGAUUAUGUCCCUGCAACUAUUAUGGCUUUGGAAGAGGUCGUCAAAGCUGCAGAGGGUCAAAUUCCUGUUUUUCUGGAUAGUGGAGUGAGGCGAGGAACAGAUGUUUUUAAAGCUUUGGCUCUUGGAGCAUCGGGUGUGUUUAUUGGUAGACCAGUGGUGUUCUCAUUAGCUGCUGCCGGUGAGGCUGGUGUAAGGAAAGUACUUCAAAUGCUCCGUGAUGAGCUUGAGCUAACAAUGGCAUUAAGUGGUUGCUGCUCGCUAAAGGAGAUAAGGCGUGACCACAUUGUGGCAGAAUGGGACGCUCCUCGUAUUGCUCCCAGAUUGUAGAAUGGUGUACGUGCUCCAACCUUGUACCAAAUAAAUCUUUGUUAUUAUAGAUUUUGGGCAUGAGAUUUAGUGUCUUACUCCAACAAGCAAGCAAGAACAUUCCGCAUGUGGACGCUUCAUACCUACUCGUGGACACUCCUCUGCCCUCAAUGAAAGUGGUUUUUUUCCACUGUCAAUGUGAUAGUUUCCUUUAGUCUGAACAGGACUGUCGUAAAUCGGAAAAAAAUCUCGCUUGAUCAGGAGAUAGAGGUGAACUACAAUAAACUUGGAUGUUGAACUGUUGUGCGAGCACUGCAUUUUGAAGUGUUUGGUCGUUCGAUCGACUUUUUUAACACACUAUUUGACUGGGAGAUCAACGACAGGGCAACUAUGACCAACAGUAUUCAAGCAGAAUUUUUUCAAUGCUUGACUGAACAUCAAUGUCAUUCCUACAAGCAUUAAUGUAUUUGCUAUUGAUUCUUGCUUUCAGCUA